AUGAUUCCUACGCCACUGGCCGCAGCUACAGAUACCGUUACGGAUACAGACACAAUGUCGUCGACUGCAAGAAGCUCUCCUAGUCCGCCGCCCACGGAGGAGGAACCGCGAAAGAAAGGUUCACGUGGUGGAAAGAGAUCUGUUACACAUUUAAGCAAGGCGCAACUGGCCCGCAAACGUGCCAAUGACCGCGAAGCGCAGCGUAACAUUCGCGCGCGGACCAAGGCACAUAUCGAAACCUUAGAGGCGCAAGUGAAGGAAUUGGAGGCCGUUACGAGGUCCAGCAAUCUCGACACGCUCCUCAAAAGGAAUAAGGAAUUAGAGGCCAAGGUUGAGAAUCUCGAGGCGCAACUCACGGCACAAGCGGAGUCGGGGCCCCAGCCCAUGCCAGACACACUUUUGAUGCCACAAAAGGUGCCGUUGGAAUGGAUGUCCCAACCGCAGGUGCCGCACGAGUGGACUGGUACGGUCCCUUCACAUAUGCGGCCGAUAGAGCCACAAGUGACUCCAGUGACAAACGGGGCCUUCAGCAACAAUCCCAACCAAGUCUAUGCUCCCGCUCCUCCGGCCGCACAGCCGAACGGAUACAGCACUGACGAGAAUCAAGCUGAGGCGCCACCGAAAAGCUUUACACAGACCGCAACACCUAUAAUGACCCCCGUAUGGGAGGAUCCUAUGCUUUUUGGCAAUACCUCUCAAGCCGUGACGCAACCGACUCCGGCGUGGGAACCGUUUCACCCUGCCUUUAAUCAGCCAUCGCGAUUUGCAGAUCUUCAGCCUUCAGGCAUGACCAACCUUCUUAGCCACCCACCAUAUACAAACCAGUCGUCCUGGCAGAAUCAACCGUCAAUGUUCGCCGGACAGAUCUCGACGAAACUCAAAGCUCCGGUUACAUUUGUAGACCAGCUCAUGCUAAGCGUCAUACAAUCACAACGCCAGCUAGCCCUCGAAGAUCCACACGGAGAAGAGGUCGCGGGGUCAUCUUUCCCUUCCGUUCACCUCCUCUUCAAUCAACCCGACCCUGCAAGACCGCCAACCACCCUCAGCGAGGUGAUGGGUCGUUAUUCCGCCAUCCUCUCUAACCGCGGCUUCGACCUCAUUCCAGAAAAACUAGCGUCCUUCAUGUGCAUGUAUCGCUUCGUACAAUGGCAAAUUUCGCCGACCUACCAGACCUACCAGAAGCUACAUGCCUGGCAACAACCACGGCAUGCACAACUUGUCAUCCCGCACCCCGCGUGGAUGGAUCUUCCCCCCUGGGGAGAGUUCCGGGAAAGGGUGAUCAAGAAUCAGGAUCGAUACGACAACGUGGAAUUUCAGAAUGAUUAUGCCUCAAAUCUAUCGAUUAAUUUCCCACAUGACCCUAUGAAGGCGCUGGUGUUCGAGAACGGCCAGCUCAUGGUUAGCCCGCUGAUGGAGCAGCAUUUAGCUGAUAUCAACCACUUCAGCAUGAAGAAGCCCUUUGCUGACAAGUAUCCCGAUUUCCGGGACGUGUGUCGGUUUGACGAGGCAUAA